AUGUCUGCCAAAGUGACCGCCACCGGCCCUCUGGGCGAGGGCGAGGCUCGCUGGAUCAAGCUCAUCAAGAUCAACUACGAUGACCAGAACGGCAACUCCCGCACCUGGGAAUCCGCCGAGCGCCGCACCCGCCCAAAGAACGGCGAGAUCGACGGCGUCGGCAUCGUCGCCAUCCUCGAGAAGCCCACCGGCCCCGAGAUCAUCCUCCAGAAGCAGUACCGCCCGCCGAUUGACAAGAUCUGCAUCGAGGUUCCCGCGGGGCUCGUGGACGAGGGCGAGACGGCCGAGCAGGCUGCCGUGCGCGAGCUCAAGGAGGAGACGGGAUACGUUGGCAAGGUGUCCGAGACCACGCCGAUCAUGUUCAAUGACCCCGGAUUCUGCAAUACCAAUCUCCGCAUGAUCCACGUCACCAUCGACACCUCCCUCCCCGAGAACCAAAACCCAAAGGCCGAACUGGAAGAAGGAGAAUUCAUCGAGGUCUUCACCGUGCCGCUGUCCAACUUCUGGGCAGAGUGCAUUCGUCUGGAGAAGGAAGGCUACGCCAUCGAUGCCCGCGUGGGGACCAUUGCCGAAGGCAUUGAAUUAGCAAAGAAAUUCAAGCUAUAA